CACUCCCAAGUCGCGUCGUAUGUGGACAGAGAAGAGGAGGAAAUCGUAAAGCGUUUGUUUACUUUGCUUUACGUCCGCAGAUAGUUGAUAGCCGGUAUAACGGGUCAGGGCCAUCUUCUCCGUCAAAACAGCCAACAUAUCACAGGAAAGAAUAAAGCCGCUCAGAGAUAACCUGUACCGACUGUUCCGGUGUCAGCCUGGUGUGUUUAUGCCCGGGAGCUGUGUGUGUGCCAAGGAGCGUUGACGCUGUCCCGGCCGCCGUGAAGGGAGCACCGCCUGGCUGAAUAUAAGGCAGCAGCGCAUGCUAACGCUACAUGUAUGUGAUAAUAAAAACACGGAGAGAACCGUGAAAUUCAGCAUAUAUGGAUCCAAACCGGAUCAUCCAGGCCCUGAAGGGUACCAUCGACCCGAACCUGAGGAUAGCGGCGGAGCAUGAGCUCAACCAGUCCUACAAGAUCAUCAACUUUGCCCCCACCCUGCUUCAGAUAAUUGUGUCGGAGCAGGUGGAGUUUCCUGUUCGCCAGGCAGCGGCAAUCUACUUGAAGAACAUGGUGAGUCAGUACUGGCAGGACAGGGAGCCGUCUCUGGGGGAAGUGGUCUUUCCCUUCAACAUCCACGAGAACGACCGGCAGCAAAUCAGAGACAACAUAGUGGAGGGGAUCAUCCGCUGUCCUGAGUCAAUACGUGCGCAGCUGACCAUGUGUCUGCGAGUUGUCAUCAAACACGACUUCCCAGGCCGCUGGACAGCCAUAGUGGAUAAGAUUGGCACGUACCUGCAGUCUCAGAGCAGCGGUAGCUGGUACGGCAGCCUGUUGGCUCUCUACCAGCUGGUCAAAACAUACGAGUACCGGAAGGCGGAAGAGAGGCAGCCAUUGUUGGCAGCAAUGCAGAUCUUUCUGCCGAGGAUUCAGCAGCUCAUUAGCCAGCUGCUGGCCGACGCAACCAUCUUCUCUGUCCUCAUCCAGAAACAGAUCCUGAAGACCUUUCACGCUCUCGUACAGUACUCGCUGCCUCUCCAGCUGAUCAACAACACGGUGAUGACUCAGUGGAUGGAAAUCCUUCGAGCCAUAAUGGACCGAGGCAUCCCAACUGAGACACUGGAGGUGGAUGAGGACGACCGCCCUGAUCUGGCAUGGUGGAAGUGUAAGAAGUGGGCAUUACGCAUCAUCACCAGACUGUUUGAACGGUACGGAAGCCCUGGCAAUGUGACAAAGGAGUAUAAUGAGUUUGCAGAUUUUUUCUUAAAGACAUAUGCAAUUGGCAUACAGCAGGUCCUGCUGAAGGUGGUGGACCAGUACAGGCAGAAGCAGUACGUUACUCCUCGCGUCCUGCAGCAGUGCCUCAACUACCUCAACCUGGGCCUAUCCCACUCACUGACCUGGAAACAUAUGAAACCACACAUGCAGACCCUCUGCCAGGAGGUCAUUUUCCCACUGAUGUGUUACAAAGAUGAAGAUGAGAAGCUUUGGCAGGAAGACCCUUAUGAGUACAUCCGCAUGAAGUUCAACCUCUAUGAUGACCAUGCCCUACCAGCCACUGCUGCCCAGAACUUCCUGUGUAAGUCUGCUCGCAAAAGGAAGGAGGUUCUUCCUCAGAUGAUGGAGUUCUGCCACCAGAUACUGAUGGACCCCUCGGCCGACCCCCGCAGGAAGGACGGGGCCCUGCACUGCAUAGGGGCUCUGGCUGAGAUCUUACUGAAGAAGCGGGGGUACAAGGAGCAGAUGGAGCUAAUGCUGCAGAACUAUGUUUUCCCUCUGCUCAACUCCCCUAUGGGUUACCUUCGAGCCAGGUCAUGCUGGGUGCUUCACUCCUUCAGCCCCCUGCGUUUCCACGAUGAGCUCGUACUGAGGAAUGCUGUGGAAUUGGUCAAACAGGAUCUGAUUGAGGACAAAGAGAUGCCUGUCAAGGUGGAAGCCGCCAUCGCUCUGCAGACGCUGGUCAGCAACCAGGAACAAGCUAAGCUCUACAUCAGAGCGCACAUCCGGCCCGUCAUGCAGGAGCUGCUGCACGUGGUCAAAGAGACGGAGAAUGACGACCUGACCAGCGUCAUUCAGAAGAUGAUCUGCGAGUACAACCAGGAGGUGGCGGCCAUUGCUGUGGACAUGACACAGAACCUGGCAGAGAUUUUCACCAGGGUCCUCCAGAGUGAAGAGUAUGAGGAGAAUGAGGACAAGACCGUCAUGGCGUUGGGCAUCCUCAGCACCAUCGACACAAUCCUAACCGUCAUGGAGGACCACAAGGAGAUCACUCAGCAGCUGGAGGGGAUCUGUUUGCAGGUGAUCGGUCUGGUCCUGCAGAAGCCCAUCAUAGGUAUGGCAGAGUUCUACGAGGAGAUCUUAUCCCUGGCGUUCGGCCUCACCUGUCAGAGCGUCUCACCUCAGAUGUGGCAGCUCCUGGGAGUCCUGUACGAGGUUUUCCAGCACGACUGCUUUGACUACUUCACGGAUAUGAUGCCUCUUUUGCACAACUAUGUUACCGUGGAUACAGAUAUGCUCCUGUCCAACCCUAAACACUUAGAAGUCAUCUACAGCAUGUGCAAAAAGGUGUUAACCAUCGAUGCAGGGGAGGAUGCAGAGUGUCAUGCUGCCAAACUUUUGGAGGUCAUCAUCCUGCAGUGCAGAGGCAGAGGCAUUGACCAGUGCAUCCCUCUGUUUGUUGAGGCGGUUCUGGAACGUUUGAUGCGGGGGGUGAAGUCUAGUGAGCUGAGGACCAUGUGCCUGCAGGUAGCCAUUGCUGCUCUGUACUAUAACCCAGCUCUGCUCAUCCACACUCUAGACAAUAUGCACUUCCAGCACAACCCCCAGCCCAUCACUGCCCACUUCAUCAACCAGUGGAUGAACGACACCGAGUUCUUUCUGGGGCUCCAUGAUCGUAAGAUGUGCAUCAUUGGCCUGAGCGUGCUGAUGGAGCUGCCCAGCCGGCCAGCCGUGCUGGAGGGGGUCUCUGCCCAGAUCAUCCCCUCAGUUCUGCUUCUGUUCCUGGGCCUGAAACACCUCUACUCCUCCCGCCUCGUCAACAAACCAGACCUGCUUGCCAAUGCAGGGGCACAGGACGAAGACCAGAAUGAGGAGAUUCCCAGUGAUGAAGACGAGGUGAGUGAAAACCAAAGCGCCAUGCAGCAUCAGUCCAGCAUGCCCAGCGGUCAGGCCGGGGAGGGGGUGGAGGAGGAGGAGGAGGAGGAGGAGGAGGAAGAAGAUGAAGAGGAUUACUGGGAUGACGAAGGGUUUGAGGGAACGCCCCUGGAGGAAUACAGCACUCCACUGGACUACGACAACGGAGAGGACGAGUAUCGUUUCUUCACUGCCGCCCUGCUCAGGAUCCAGACUGCUGAUGCAGCAUGGUACCAGAGUCUGACCGAGCCGCUCAGCGACGACCAAAAGAAACAGCUGCAGGAGAUCUACAGCGUCUCCCAGCAGAGGAGGAGCUCUGCUGCCAAGUGAUGCUGUGGAGACAGAUGGACUGCAGAAUCAGAGGGGGAGAAGGCGUGUGUGUGUGUGUGUGUGUGUGUGUGUGUGUGUGUGUGUGUGUGUGUGUGUGUGUGUGUGUGUGUGUGUGUGUGUGUGUGUGUGUGUGUGUGUGUGUGUGUGUGUGUGUGUGUGUGUGUGUGUGUGUGUGUGUGUGUGUGUGUGUGUGUGUGUGUGUGUGUGUGUGUGUGUGUGUGUGUGUGUGUGUGUGUACCAGCAAAAUGAGUACUGUGCAGUUCUUGAGCGGUGUGUGUGUAACUACUAAAGGCACAGUGUGUGUGUACUGCAAGCUCUUAUCUUGUUAUAGCUGAACACUUUUUAUCAUCUCAUGAGACCUAUGAGGAGGGAGGGGCCUGAUUUCUGUCACGGUGCCUCUAUACAGACUGCAGAAGAUUGAGGUCAAAGGUCAAAGACCUGUGGCCUCUCCCCAUGACUCACAUCAAAUGUGAAAUCGGAGGGAUGUUGGUGUAACUUUUUUUUGUCACUGAGUUUAGUGAUUGAAAGGGUUUUCAGAGCUUAUUUCAGAAAAUCAUAAAACUGAAUGUAACAUUUAUUAAGUUGACGUUUCCUCCUGUACUCCUUCCCAUCUAGACUAAACAACUUGUUUGGUGUUUUUGCUAUGUAAAUGCUUUUAGUCGUAUUAAUCAACUCAAAAUACACCUUUUACUUGUGGUGGAGCUAAAUUAAAUCAUCUUCAACUUUGUCUUUUUGUUACAAGAACAUUAAAAAUAAUUAAGACACCAUCUGUAUUUGGAUUGGUUCCCUUUGCAGCUCUCUUUCCCUGCCUUCAGUCUGCCGGCCAGUCAACACACAGGCUCACUGCCUAGCAGAGCAGUUCACCUAAAAUAAAUUCAACAAAUGUCCAAAAGUAGAAACUUCCAUAUUGCUGACAGGAGUUAACAUCAGUUCACAAGGAGCAUUGUUAACUUUGAAAACUACCCAGCAAAAGAGUUGAUGGAGGAGAGUGAUGAAAAAAAAAACACCUCGUUUUACUUAGCUCAAUCAUUAAGCCUGCCUACUAUUCAUACUGUCUGGUGUUUCCCUUUGCUGACUUAAUAAAACUGAGGUUGGAAUUUCUCAUCACGUGA